UCGAAGGCCUUUCAAGCUCCCUCUGUUCGACUCUCGCGACGUGGGCCCGCCUAACCAUCUUCCUCUUCUUCAUCUUCCUCCUACAAAAGAAGCAUACAUCUGCAACCAUGCCUGGUGGAGGAGUUGUUGCCGUUACCGGCACGACCGAUGUCAAUCGUGUCGAGGCGCCCGUCACCGUGAGGGCCUACCUCAUCGUCGCUUUCGCGGCGUUUGGUGGUAUCUUCUUCGGAUAUGACACUGGUUGGAUGGGUGGUGUCCUUGCCAUGCCCUACUUCAUCAAGCAAUACACCGGCAUGGACUAUCCUGAGGACACCGGUCUGGAAGGCCAAGCAUUGAAAGACUACACUGCUAGCUUUGUUGUCAGCCCUGCGCACACUUCGCUCACGACCUCGAUUCUGUCUGCUGGUACCUUUUUUGGUGCUAUCAUGGCUGGUGACAUUGCCGACUUCAUUGGUCGUCGUCUCACCAUCAUCAUGGGCUGCCUCAUCUUCGUCGUCGGUGGUAUCCUUGAGACUGCUUCCACUGGUCUCGGUGUUAUGGUCGCUGGUCGUCUCAUUGCUGGUUUCGGUGUCGGUUUCAUCUCGUCCAUCGUCAUCUUAUACAUGUCCGAGAUUGCUCCCAAAAAGGUUCGUGGUGCCGUCGUUGCUGGCUACCAGUUCUGCAUCACCAUCGGCAUCCUGCUCGCCAACUGCGUUGUAUACUCCACUCAGAACCGCAAGGACACUGGUUCUUACCGUAUCCCUAUUGCCGUACAGUUCCUCUGGGCCAUCAUCCUUGGCGUUGGCCUCAUGCUGCUCCCUGACUCGCCCCGUUUCUUCGUCAAGAAGGGAAAGCUUGAUAAGGCCGCUGCUGCACUCGCCCGUGUCCGUGGCCAGCCUGUAGACUCUGAAUACAUCCAAGACGAACUUGCUGAGAUCAUCGCCAACCACGAGUAUGAGAUGUCCAUCAUUCCUCAGACCAGCUACCUUGGAUCGUGGAAGGCUUGCUUCAAGGGCAAGAUCAGCGCACCAUCUUCCAACGCCCGCCGCACCACCAUGGGUAUCUUCAUGCAGAUGAUGCAGCAGCUCACUGGUAUCAACUUCAUCUUUUACUUCGGCCCCAUCUUCUUCAAGCAGCUUGGCACCAUCUCGAACCCUUUCUUGAUCUCUCUCGUUACGACUCUUGUCAACGUCUUGUCCACUCCCGUCUCGUUCUGGGCGGUCGAGAGGAUUGGUCGCCGUAAGAUGCUCAUCGGCGGUGCUGCUCUCAUGGUUAUCUUCCAGUACAUCGUCGCCAUCAUUGGUGUCACUGCUGGAGCGCCUGGAAAGAACAACCCGAACGCCACCAAGGCGAUGAUUGCCUUCAUCUGCUUGAACAUCUCCGCUUUCGCCAUUACCUGGGGUCCCUGUGCCUGGAUCGUUAUUGGUGAAAUCUUCCCUCUCACCAUCCGUUCCCGUGGUGUCGGUCUCUCCACCGCCUCCAACUGGUUCUGGAACUGCAUCAUCGGCGUCAUCACUCCCUACCUCGUCGCCGACCAGCCGCACUCCGCCAAGUUGGGCUCCAAGGUGUUCUUCAUGUGGGGCAGCCUCUGCGUUAUCUCCUUCCUCUUCGCCUUCUUCUUCGUCCCUGAGACCAAGGGUCUUACCCUCGAGCAGGUUGACAAGAUGUUGGAGGAGAGCACUCCUCGUACUUCUGGAAAGUGGAAGCCCCACUCCACGUUCGCGGCCGAGAUGCAUCUCGCCGAAAAGCACAUCGAGGUCCCCGUCAGCACCAAGGAGGUUCACGAGCCCAAGUCCGAAGUUUAAGCUCUCGCUCUAUCGCCUCUUGUAUAACGCGUUACGGUUGGGUUCACGUCGGGACGUAGGAAUGAACGGAUGCACAUGCCUAGUGCACGUGAUGUUGUGUAUGUAAUAGUGAGAAGCCUCAUCGACUGUGGUGGAUCGCGUAUAUCGAUAGUCAAUUAUUAUACCACGGAGCUGGCGUAUGCCUGUCUCCUCUGCUC